AUGAGCGACGAGCCGACCAAGACCAAGAAGCCGACGUAUCGCUUCACGGUGCAUACGGACAUUGAUCUCUUAGAGGAGGUGAUCAAUGUGGCUCCGCACGACGCUCCGUACGGACAGACCACCGCGCGCUGGGAGGAAGUCACUAACUACAUGCGCACGCUCCACGGCGAGCACCUCACGGUGGCCGGCUGCCGCAAGCGCUUUGACGACCUCAUGGCGGCUUUCAAGACAGACAACGUCAACGGAUUGCGUGCGUCCGGCACCGAAGAGGAAAUGAGCCAGCGCUACGUGCUACUGGAAGAAAUGUCGGACCUUUUGGAAGCGGCGGUUGACAGGAAAAAGGCCAGUAAGAAUGACAAGGACAAGAAGCCCGACAAGCGCGAGUCGGACGGGCUCCGCAGUCGUGCGGCAGCGCAGCAAGGGCUCAAACGCAAGGCAACCAACGGCGACGACCUGGACGAGGACGACAGUGCCGAUACGCCAGCGAAGAAGGCCAAGGGAGAUGACUGCGCGACGAACGAUCUGGCGAGCGUCCUCGCAGCCUUUUCCAGCAUGAUCGAGUCGACCAACCAGCUCAAGCGAGACGAAAUUGCCGCCAAAAGAGAGGCAGUUGCCGCCAAGAAAGAAGAACUCGCCUUGGGCCAACGCAAGCUUGAGCUUGAGGAGCAGCGAUUCCUCUAUGAGAAGGCCGAGCGCGAGGAGCGAUUCAAGCUGGAGAAAGUGGAGCGCGAGGCCUACCUCGAGUUCAUGCGGCGCACAAUCGAGAUGAUGCAGACGAACUUGAACAACAAAUCGUGA